AUGGCCAGCACGGCGGUGCAGCUCCUGGGCUUCCUGCUCAGCUUCCUGGGCCUGGUGGGCACGCUGCUCACCACCGUCCUGCCGCACUGGCAGCGCAAGGCGCACGUGGGCAGCAACAUCCUGACGGCCGUGUCCUACCUGAAGGGGCUGUGGAUGGAGUGCGUGUGGCAGGCCACGGGCGUGUACCAGUGCCAGCUGUACCGCUCGCUGCUGGCGCUGCCCCGCGACCUGCAGGCGGCCCGCGCGCUCAUGGUGGUGUCCUGCCUGCUGUCGGCCGUGGCCUGCGUCCUGGCCGUGGUGGGCAUGAAGUGCACGCGCUGCGCCAAGGACACGCCGCUCAAGACGAGCCUGGCCGUGACGGGCGGCGUCCUCUUCGUGCUGGCCGGCCUCCUGUGCCUCAUCCCCGUGUCCUGGGCCACCCACAACGUCGUCCGGGACUUCUUCAACCCGCUGCUGCACAGCAGCCUCAAGUACGAGCUGGGCCCGGCGCUCUACCUGGGCUUCGUCUCCGCGUCGCUGUCGCUGGUGGGGGGCGCGCUGCUCUGCCUCUCCUGCGACGCGCAGGCGGCCUCCGCGCCCCCCCGCGGCCCGCCCCGCGCCGCGCCCGCCUACCGGCCCCCCGCCGCCUACAAGGACCACCGCGCGCCCUCGGCGGGCUCGGCCACGCACAGCGGCUACCGGCUCAAUGACUACGUGUGA